GAAAAGCCCUUUGGGAAGGAAGGAAGGAGAAGCCCUUUGGGAAGGAAGGAGAAGCCCUUUGGAAACGAGGCAGCCCUGCCAUGCAGGAGGCCCCUGGCAGAGCAGAGCACGAUGCCUUUCCUACACGGCUUCCGCAGGAUCAUCUUCGAGUAUCAGCCCCUGGUAGAUGAGAUCCUGGGGCUGCUGGUGGGACAGGAUGAGGAACAGCACAACUCCUGCUCGGGUGACAGGAGCCAGCUCUCAGCUGUGAGACGAGUCUUGGAGAGGGAAACCCACUCCCCAUUUUAUCAGGAAGGGGUGAGCUAUGCCCUGCUGAAGGUCACCGAGCUGGGGCUCCUCCCUGCUGCAGAAAUCCUCCUGGAAUUUGGAGCUGACCUCAGCUUUGAAGAUCCAGUUACCUACUACACCCCCCUGCACAUCGCUGUGCUCCGUAACCAACCGGAUAUGGUGGAAUUCCUGGUGCACCACGGGGCCGACAUCAACCGGAGAGACCGGAUCCAUGAGAGCAGCCCCCUCGACCUGGCCAGCGAGGAGCCUGAGCGGCUGCCGUGCCUCCAGAGGCUGCUCCAGCUGGGAGCUGAUGUCAAUGCUGCUGAUAAAAAUGGGAAGACAGCCCUGCUGCAUGCCCUGGCCAGCAGUGAUGGUGUCCAGAUCCACAACACUGAGAGCAUCCGUCUGCUGCUGGAAGGAGGUGCAGAUGUCAGAGCCACCACUGAAGAUGGUGACACUGUUUUCACUUAUGUCAUCUACCUCCUGGGAGAGGUGGUGUGCAGCAGCACCAAGGAGGUGCAGGCCAUCAACCACUUCUGCUUCCGUGUCACACAGCUGCUGGUGGCCCACGGUGCCAACCCCAGUGAGUGCCCAGCUCCUGAGUCCCUCACCUACCUCUGCUUCCAAAGCUUCAAAUGCCACUUUCCCCUGCUGCGUUUCCUACUGGAGUCAGGGGCUGCCUACAACUGCUCCCUCCAUGGUCCCUCCUGCUGGUCGGGCUUCCACGUCGUCUUCGAGUGCCUCUGCUCAGACCUCAGCAUCUCUGAAGAUGACAGCUGCUCUACAGAGCUCGUUCAGAAAGGUCAGACUCUGCUGGAGCUGAUGAUGGCCAGUUCACAAGCCAUCCAGCUGCCCACCAAUUUUGAGGUCAACACCAGCGUCUGUAAGUACCACGGGGAGAAGAUCAGGACUCUCUUCUGCUCCCUGAAGCAGCUGGAACGCUCCCCACAGACACUCAAACAUCUCUGCAGGGUGUUUAUCAGGCAGCACCUUAAACCCUGGCCAGUAGAUGUCAAAAUCAAGGCUCUACCUCUUCCAAACAGGCUCAAGUGGUACCUCCUCAUUGAUCACACUGCUGCCACCCACGAGGACCUCUGAGCUACACUCACACCCCCCCUGUCACCUCCCUCCAUGGUCAUGGUGUGCCUGUAGCCACCACACAGAUGUCAUCUCUGCUCUGGAGGAGCAGAUUUUCUCCCCAGCCAGGGGUGUUUUCUCCCCAGCAAGAGGUGUUGCAGUUUUUCUCCCCAGCCAGAGGUGUUUUUCUCCCCAGCCAGGGGUGCUGCAGUUUUUCUCCCCAGCCAGGGGUGCUGCAGUUUUUCUCCCCAGCCAGGGGUGCUGCAGUUUUUCUCCCCAGCCAGGGGUGCUGCAGUUUUUCUCCCCAGCCAGAGCUGUUGCUGUCCCUGUGCCUGUGGCUGGGCCAGUGCUGUGUUUUGGGACUGUGUUUGUUUUGGGCACGCUGUUCCAUGUGUCUGUGGUCACCCUGGGUUGUGUCCUGGGGAGGGGGUGAAAAAAGCCCCUGGACACUGGGGUAGAGGGCUGUGGGGUGGUCAGGGUGGUGUGAGGGGACAGGCAGCUUGUCCCUUUUCCAUCCCAUCCCUGGUGGAUGAAGCUGUGCCUUAGGCAUCCACCAAGGGACAUCUCUGAGGUGCUGACCUCCAAACCAGACAAAUGGAUGUUCCUCAGCUUUGUGUAAGGACAGGGAACAGGAGGCCAACUGCUGGGUGCCUUGUGCCUCCCUGUUCCCUGUCUCUCCUUGCUGACUGUUCCCAGGACUGUGCUCUCCACUGCCUCCUUCCCAGGAACAAAAAAGUUGCAGCAGGGUUUGGGGUUUUCUUUCCAAGCUGCUGCUGGAAGGCUCCAACCUCUGGGGUUGGACAUGGAGAUCCUGAGCCUACAGCUGCCUAGCUCUCCCCCUUUCCUUGUGGUGUGCCAAAGCCUGGCCACAGAGCUGAAGCCCACAGGGUUUCAGUUUUGGAGGUUUUUAAUUUUGUGCUUAUCAUGGGGGACAGGUGUAGAAGAUGAAAAGAGGAAAGAGCUACUCUGAGCAGGUACAAUUCAGAGCAGGUGGGAUCUGGGAUCCCUGGCAGUUUGCCUGCACAAGGGGUUGUCUUCCUCCCUUGCUCCCCUGUCAGCAUCUGUGUUGUACCUUCUCCCACCCCACGGAGCUGGACAUCUUGAUAAAUUGAUGUUUAAAAUAAUAAUGGGAUCAAAUUCUCCCCUGCUGUCUGGAAUGGGAAAUGAACAAUUAAAUGAGGCCUUUAUAGUAAGGACAAGGGGUUUGUUCUUCUGCAGGGGGGAGGAGGAGGAGAGGGCUCUUCAGGGAUGGAGGAAGGGGACCUGUGUGUGGGACAGGCUGUAAAUGGGGUCUGUUUGCCUGUCUGGCCAGCUGUGACAAGGAGGUGACCAGGGCUGGGAACAAUGGAGAUGGGUGUGUUCCAGUCUGGGUGUUGGGCUGGGGCUGGGCACCACCUGGAGCCUGUGGGGA